AUGCUUCAAGCGACUUGGCUGAAGUCGAACGUUCAUUAUGAGAUGCAGCUGGCCAACGCCCUCGAUUCUUGCUGUUCUCAUGGGCGUCUGGUUUGGAUCGAGCAUGCAACUGUCAAAAGUUUCAUUUCUUUUCAACUGAAAAAAAAAGAAAAUUUCUUGGUCGAAACUCUCGGUUGGGUAACUAUUAGCGUUAGGAGCACAGUAUUAUUUUUUUCUAUAAACUUUCAAAAACCAAUUAGCGAUUAAAAAAGAUUGAAUGGCUAACGAAAGAUUCGUAACUACGAAGCGAUGGUAGGAAGGAAAUUAGGGUCCGCGAAUAUUCGUGAGCGUGAACUGUGCAUACACAAAUCUUGGAAAUAUUCACUUUUUUUGGUUUUUUAUAAAUUUUCCAAAAAAAAACGGGAGCUGAUGGAGAAUGCAUAAAGAAGAUAAAAAUGAGAUAAAAGCUCUAAAGCAAGUAUUUUACUAUGUGUAAGCGAGAGAGACGCAUUAUUUGAUGAAAUGUGAGUUUAAAAAUUUUUACAGUGUCCAUAGGUCCAAACACGACAUCCCCACAGUAAAACAACAAAGAAAAAAGGUUGGACGAAUAAAAAAAAAUUAAAGAAGAGGUGAAUAUCCAUCUGGCGACGCCUUCGACUGAUAGCUCAGCCUCUAAACCUCAACCUUUAACUUCUUUGUUGUAGUUGCCUCCUGAACUAGCUCAGUGUGAGCACGAUGAUAGUCUCUCCUUGAUGGGUCUCCUGGGGCCUUAACGGUUUUUAGUAAAUUGGGUUUUGUUUUUAAGGACAUAAUCGUAUUCCAUAAUUGAGAGGGUUAAAUCUGCUAUAAAAGGAGAUGCGUUAUUGCCUUGCGGAAUGCCAUUAACUUGUUUAAAAAUUAGUCCAGCGAAAGUAACGAAACUGUUAUCUAGGAUGUAUGAUAAUAAUUCCAUAAUUUUGGAUUUACAAAAUGUUAUUGACUGUUUAUAUAUUUUCGAUUGAGUUAGAGAGUAAAAGGUUUUACCUGAAUUGGUGAUAGUUAUACCAAUGGUGUCUCCACCUGAGUUUUUAGAGCAAAGGCCUUUAAAUUUUUAUUGAAUGUUAUUUUCAUCAUUUAAUAACAAUAAAAACAUUGAAAAGUCUCGAUGGGGCAGAUGGGCAAAAUAGUCACUUCUACGCCCAGCCCAAAAAGUGACAUUUUUCAAAAAUGACUGAUUUUCGAUGAGCAUAGACACUUUUUUGAUGAAAAUAAGCGUUAAAAUAGUCAAAAAGUGCAAAAAACGUCAUUUGGGCAAAAUGACCGUCCAGCGUCAACCAUUUGUAUACUACUUGUAUGAAAAUUUCACGCUCACGAAUAUUUGCGGACCCGAAAUUCCUUCCUACCAUCUACAAAACAACGAAUUUGGAGAGCUUGUCGACAAAAUUGAAAAACAAAAUUACAGACCUGUGGCAGCGGAUAUGGCAAAGAUUCGAAGACAGAUCAGCUCCAAUGGAUCAGAGCCUGAUUGGCCACUACAUCUCAACAAUAGUCUCACUUUUGCGCUCCGUCGACUACUCAGUUUUCGAAGUGUCGCCGACCUUUUUGGUGCAGAAAGUGGCCGAGCGGAUGCAGACGGCUGCCCCACAGUUGUCGCCUCCUUUGUCAGUUUCCGUCGAUCUGCGUCGUCAAUUUCGAUUCAGAUGGUCUAAUUUCGUCAAACACGGCUACAUCACCUUGUACGAGCUUCUGACCGCGAAGUGGGGUGUCGAAUCGAGAUCUACGAUUAUGCAAACUGUGAUGCCAUUCGCUCGCGACAUGUGCUCUAAUCUCUCUGUUGACUCGAGCAACAACACUGAAUCUCAGGUAGGUCACGUUUCGUGUUGAACUCAUUCAAUUAGUUCAGUCAAAUCAAUUAAAUUAGUUCUCACACACAGGCCUUAAUGUUUACGGAGUAAAUCUAAGGAAAAUGCAGGAAAAUACGUGGUCGGAACUUGUGGGGAUGGAGGGAAGAGGGCUUGCCGUCGUGUUAUAGUCUGUUCAGAUUUAAAAAUGUCAUUUCAUCGCUCAAACUCCGCCCCUUAUGCAUAGAUCUUACCAAUCAGAGAGCGAGCUAUCCUCGGAGCGUUGUUGGGGGCGGAGUUUGCUGCUUGACAUUUUAGAAGAACAAUCCCCCUCCAUUUGAGUAAAAUUUAGAGUUACGUUAAAAUUAUACUUUUUAGUUUUUCUAUUUUUGUAGCAAUCAUACUUUUUCUUGGAUCAAGAGUUUUUAGUUCUGUAAAAUUAUCAUCAAACCAUUUUUCAAGUUUAGACCUGAUUUUAUUUUUCUCAGACUCAAAUGCUAUGUUUCUAUCCAUGUGAUUCUAAUGAUUGAAAACUCUUUGAUCAAUGAGCCGGUAGUGUAUUUCAGAAAGUAGAGGCCGCUCUAUUUUGAGAUCUUUUCCUCGCAGUUAGUUCGAUCUACAUGUUGUAUUUUUUGAAGGAAAAAAUUUGGAAGAAAACGGAUAUUUUUGAAAUUUUUAGUUUUAUGCAAAUUAUGCAAAGCUCUAAGAGUCUGAUGCUUGCGUAAAAUUAAUAUCGCUUGUUUUUUCAACUUUAUCAAGUAAUCUUGACGAAAAAACACCGAAGAAUGAACGACUCUGAAUCCGAAUAGAAAACAAUUUGAAACAUUGUUUGGAACUAUAGACCUUCGCUAUCGAACGUAGCUCUUUUCAAGAAGGAAAUGUUUCCAGGAGGUUUUGUGGAAACUGAUCGACAACCUCGUGAAGCUCUGCUUUCCAUUCGACCCGGAAUUGUUGAGAGAAGAAGGACAGCAGCCAUCUUGUGUCCUUGAUCCCGAGAGCUUUCAAUUUGUGAGAACCGCUCUUUCAAACGCCUUCAAGUUAGUUUCUUUAUUCUUAUGUGAUUUAUUUUUGAGAACCUUUUCAGAAGUUUGGUAAUGAUGUGUACCCACAGAAAUGUUUUUGUUCUCGAACAACGGUAUGCGAAGAUUAUUUCCAGGUUGGUUUUUUGAUAUUUUGCGGGGUUUUUAUUCGUUCAAAGCUGUAUGAGAGUCCAAAAAAUGUCUGUUUUUUUUUCCUUCCACUGGAAGAAACUUUAAAAAAUAGGGAACUUCUUAUAGACCCAAUAUAAAUUUUUGUAUAUUUUCAAUUUAUUUUGUGCACUCUGAAAUCAGAAAAUAUUUUUCUACUACGAAACUUCGCAAGUUCUAUAAUCCGUUUUUCGUGUUUUCUCUGUGCCCUCCUUUUCUCUCGACGUCUCUCUCAUAUUUGCGUGCUAUUUCCAUAUUUCUCUGACCUUGCCGGUAAGGUAACAGAGAGAUGCAGACACGCGAAAACUGUCAAGUCGCGGUAAACUGACUAUAAAAUUGUAUCAAAAUUUUCUCACUUCUUUUUACCAGAAUCAUCACGUCUUUUUUAUCCUUAACUUUUGAAUCCAAUAAACGAGCUCAAAAAUUUGUGAAGAGAUUGAUUUUAGAUGGCUCCUGACGCUCGAAAACUUCUUUCUAGUUAGUGAUAAAAUCGACUCGGAAACGAGUGUGGAAGUCGAGUUUUCUUACAGGCUGAAUGUGAGUUAUUGUCGUUAUAAUCGUUCUUAUUGUGUAUAAAACAUUAGGAGUUUGCCUCACUGAAAAUCGGAGAAAAAUUCCAUCACGACAGCCAGAAAAAUUUGGCGUUUGGGUGUGCACUAGAUGUUCUAGAAAAUGUUGCAAGGAGGUGAGUUUUUGUGGAAGUUCAUAAAUCCUAAGAAAAUUGCAGCAAGCGACUGACUGAAGCCGAUUUCUUGCAGAGUUUCGUGUCAUUGUGGUCUGUAAAAUCGUUGGUUACGAGGUGAACUUUUUAUCCUCAUUUUGUUUGUUUUCUCCUUCUUAACUUAUCUCAAUUUUAUCGUUGCUUUUCUUUUUUUUUCCUGGUUCUGUACCAGAAAAAAAAGAAAAGGUGAAAAUCCUGAAAGUCUCAACCUUCCCAACUUCCUAGUCUUCGAUAAAUAAGGGCCUAAAGUAUCAAAGUAGCCCAUUUCUAUGGGAUUUGAGGGUUUUCUUCGACUUUGAGGCGUCUUUUCUCGAAGUUGUGCAGGUUGAGACUUCUAGUAUCUUCUUCUGGUACAUAAAAAGGGUCCUGGCCCAAUUUUCAAAAAAAUCCCGACCCCAAAGUAAAAUGACCUCCUCUCUAAGAACCCCAAAAUCUUUCAAAAUCUUUUCAGUGACCUGUUGCGCGCUUCUUUCUGCAAGGCCUUGUCCAGUUUCCUCUCAAACAGUUGGUUCGCAGGCUUUUCAGAUCCCAUGGUAAGUCUGCUCUUGGCGCUGCUCCACUUGGAUUUUUCAAUUGCAGCUCCCGUCAGCCGACGAUAUUUUCCGCUUUGGAAUUUCCUCUUCUCAUGCCGCUUCUUCAUAUGUUCCUUCGUUGAAUCUCCUGAGGAUCGUUCUGCAGACCAAAGUCUGUUCUUAACCACCUUCCUGCUUACAUUCUCAUUUCAGAUGCCAAGCUCAAAUCUUCCUGUUUCCGAGCUGGUGAGCGAAGUGCUUUCCAGAACGCCUCCUUCGCGUCCCGAGGCGCUUCACUUAUUGUCUUCUUUUCUCGCAUUUUGUGAGUUUGAAGAGGAUGGAAAGUUCUUCUCUGCAGGACCUCCUAAGGCGAUUCCUCCCGGAUGGAGGUUUUUGCUCAUUUCAAAUGCUGUUACAAGCUGAUCUCAGAUUCCGGAAAGAAAUUAUCAGCUGGAUUCUUCUUCGGCCUUUCGCUUUUUCUGCGGCGACUCUCAUUGAAGUUUGUCGAUACUGUCCCCAACCACUACCAAUCAAGGAGAAUAACCACGAAGGUUUUUUUUUUUACUUUUUUUCGACUAAAUCUGUUUUUACAGAAGAUGAACUUCUGGUCAUAAUGAAUCGUUAUGGACUUUUUCGAGAAAGUUCUCCUAAAAACUUUGUUUCUCCGGGUGUUCAGAACCGUUUCCCUAGAACCCAGCUCAUUGAAGAAUUAGUGGAGUACGUAGCCGGUUCUUUGAAAGAAAAGCUCAUUCAAGGUUUUUUCACCUUCUCCUAGAAGGCAGUAAGGAAAUUUUAGAAGAGGAUCCGAAUUCAUUCUUGUCGCUUUGGCUGAUGAUGAAAGAGCUUUGCAAAGCAUCGGGGAUGAGUGAGAAUCUUCUCGAAGUAAUCUCACAAACCACUCAAAAAAAUAUUCUUACUUAUUUCAAGGAAGAAUGGAAGACUCGUUUGAAUGAAGCGCUCACAGUGAUUCCGGAAGAAUCAUUUCUCGACCAGAUCAAGUAUUUCACUUCGAACGUUCCGCCUGUAGAUCUUUCGGUCUGUUCUCCCAAGUUGAAAUCGGUCUUGCAUACUUUACGUGCUUGUGGGGAGUCAAUUGUCCCGAGGCCUUUCCAAGAAUCGGUAAGAGCGAGGUCCUGGUAAGAGUAGGACUUUGGAUUUUAAGAUGGAUGUCGUUGAACAUAUCGCUAACUUUGCCAGAGAAGAGUCAAUAGAUCCAAAGCGCUUCAAGGAAUGGCCCGAGUUCAAUGAGUGCAUGCAAAAGCUUAUUGUGAACGUUUGCGCAUAUCAUGUAGGCAAUGAAAUUUUCAAAACUUUUAGUCGAACGACGUCUACUCUAUGGUAGAGAACAUGGAACGUUUUGGCAGAAUGCUAUCGAGUGAUUGCUUGUCGAAGAUCCGUUCUGCUCUUCUGUGAGUACUACUAUUUUCAAUGCUCACUAAGGAGCCACAACCCAUUUUUAAGGCCGCCGACCCCUGCUCCCAAGUUUUCCUAAAUUGAAGUUAAUACUACCUCCCGAAGACUAAAGCUUGUUUAUUGUGACUGAAAACAUCUCCCUGAGUUCGAAGCUUGAAAUUUUUCCUAAUUGCCCAAAAAUUUUUAAUUCCAUCCCUUCUCCCGGGCUGUAUGAGUUCUGUACUUGCCCAUCCAUAAGCCACAGAGACUUCUCGGAAGAAGGAAUUUGGAAAAUGUUAGAGAGACUUUUAUUCCUUUUUUAUUUUUGAUGUUAUUUCGUUUUUCCAAGCGAAACAAUCUAAUUGACAGGACCUCGAAGUCAAAAUGCUAGACAUCAUAAAGCUUCAAAAAAUUUCACGAUUUCCAAAGAGGUAGACUAGAUUGUAGAAAAUCGAGCAGAUACUAGAAAGAUUUCAAAGGCAAAAUGAAAAUAUUUUUAUAUUUUCUGGCUUCGUUCAUGCUUCGAAAUCUAUUCAUUAAAACAUUUUCUUUGUUUCAGGAAAGAAACGCGUAGAAACAUUAAAAGCGAAUGUAUGAACAAGAGCGACUACGAGCUGCUGGCGAAAAAGUCGCUGAUGUGUGUUCUGCGGGAGGCGACGCCGGCGUCGCUGCACGAUGAUCGCAGAAUCAGUGCUCAUCAAGCGACGCAAUAUCUCGAGUCGCUCAAGGUGGAUCGCUACGUGGUGCGACGUCUUCUGAAAUCCCUGAAAAGUGCGCCGCUCGCCGCUCAAAAAGUGGUCAACUACGUCAUGUGCAACCCUUCUCUGUGGCGAAUCCAUUCCCACACCCUCGACCUCGUCGUCGCAAACGAUGAUCUCUACGAGGUAGUUGCCUUUUUCUAUUAUUUCAGGCUGUAGGGACAAAUCUAGAAUGAGAAAAUGAAAAAUCUCAGUUUUUACCUACUGAGUAAAGCAUUAUUUUGUUUUCUAAAUAAUCAAGUUGAAACGUGUCUUUUCAUGGUUGAACACUAAGUUUCAUUUAUCUUUAUAAGUUGGGUUGAAAUCUAAAAAUCAAACUUCUUAUUGAGAAAGUACUUCUAUGAAAAUUAUAGUUUUAAAAAAAGAACCCUUAAAGAAUUCUAGUUAUUGUAAUAACCAAAUUUUUUUCUACCGGUUCUAAGGUCUUUUCAUUAAUUCAUUCAUAUAAAAAUCGUUUUUGAAGUCUGAUAAUCUUGGCUCAUUUAUUUUUCAGUCUUCUACCGGUUUUUUUCUUCGCCAAUUCUUCCUAUUCUAGGUUUGUACCCGUACUGUUCCCAAAUUCGUGUCCUUUCUGAUUUUCAACGCCAUUUCAUUGAAGAAAAGAACAUUGAAAAAAAUUCCCAGGUGACCAGAUUCCAAUUAAAAUAACUAAUAUUCAUUUUAGUGUUGGACUGACGGUCAAUAAGUUUUUGAAAGUCUACAGAACAUGGUCAGCCAACAAACAAAACGUCAUGGUCGAUGAUUUCAUUUUGAUGUUUGGAUCUCAAGUCAAGUCUGCGAAUCAUCUCAUAUAUCUCUUGGAUUCCUAGAUCUUUCAGGCACUGGAGCAAGUUUUCGAGAAGAUUCAUGGAAACCUUGAGGAAAGAUCCCCACUUUGCACUCGGACUUCUUGUGUCCUUUGUGAGAUUAUUCCUUGAUCUCGAGAAAUAAUUUUUUAAUCAAGGCGGAGGAAUGGUUCUCGGCUGGGCUGGUCGAACGAGCCUUGUGGAUGCUCAAGGCGAUCUUCAAGAGCGAAAGUGCUGAAAAGCUCCUGACGAAUGAUCUCCAGAACGCCUUUCUGUUAGUCUACAACAAAAUUUUCCGGAGCGCUCUGAAGUAUUGUGCAAGGUUGAAACUCAAAAUUAGGAUAUAAUUUUUUGCCGUUUCAGGUUUCCAACGAUCGAUGUGAAGGUGAUAUUGAGUCUGUGUUGCGAUGAAUUCCUAAGAGAGGACAUUCUACGACAUGACCUCCCCGAGCUCCAAGGAGAAUCUAAGGAAGAUGUCAAUUUUGACCAGUUUCUCGCGGAAGAAGUUGAAAACUUUUUGGCACGGAGAGAGGUGAGAACGGUGUUCGAGUUUCAGAGAAGAAGUUUUCCAGUUGAACCCACGCGUAUUUGGGUACGCCAGUUUUUACACUUCUUUGAAGGCAGAAUUACCCAUAAGCUCGCCUGAAGAAGGUACGCCGAAAAAUAAAAUCAUUUUCCUAGAUACGAAGUCUUCAGACUUUCACGUUGAAGACUUCCUGGGAGACGUCUGGAACCUUUUGCCGAUGAUGCGUCCGUUCGUCCUUCCCCUUUUGGCGGCGAAUAGUACUCUGCCCGGGGCUCCCUAUCCCUAUGCCACCCACUCGAAAAUCACUCCAGAAUUCAUCCAGAAUCGCUGGCAACACGUCUUGCCCUUGCUCAUCUUACGGCACGAGUGAGCUUCCAUGCGUAAUUCUUCUGAGCAGUUCCCUAGGCCCGAUGAAACAAUGACGACCACUUGUGUCUUCCUUUUUCUCUUCAACUGCAAGGAUGACCUUCAUCUUGAUGACCAAGUUGGGCUUCUAUGAAUUGUCCUCCUUGAGCUUAUCUUUCUCAGAAACUUUUCGACCAACUAACAAGUUUUUGCGACCCGAAUCGCGAACACAACGGAGCCUACAAGUUAUGUCAAGAACUCGCUGAUUAUCGACCUUCCGCCCAUGAGUUCGUCCUCCUAACGUUGGCACUCAACAUGAUGGAAAUAAAUGUAAUAAAUUCCUUGCUUAGAGAUUUUAUUCUAGAGUUUAGAUUUUUCAUGAGUUUGUCCAAACACUGAAGGUUCAGAUUAAAAUUGCUUAUAUCUGUGCGAAAUUUUAGUUUUGGAGUCAGUUCAGAUUUUAAACUUCAAGUAGAAUGACGUCAUUUGAAAACGCUCUGUGGUUGGCUCGCUCUCAGAUUGGUUUAUCGCGCCAUUAGAGGCGGAGCUUGAGCAAAGACUUGUCAUUCAAAAUCGGAACGGGCUUUAUGCGUUUUCGAAGUUACGGCGUAUCGGUCGUAGGCCUUAUGUGAUAACUUUUAAAAGCAUAUCUCGAAAACUGGAACUUCCACAGUGGUACACAGAGAUCCUUGGAGCACAUUUUCCGGAUAUUCACAAUCCAAUUCUUAAUUAUUAUAGGAUCAAUUGGCGUUUUUUAUCGCCCCUGCGUUGUGCUAUUUCGCGACAGAAGCGGGACAUCACUUGGAAGCGAUUCGUAGCGUUUUGAAUUACUGCGAGAAUCUGAAAGACAAAGGCAACAUUAGCCCCUCUCAAGUUGUUUCACUGUUUCAAAUGCAGGCUCGGACGAGGAGAAGACGUGUCUGACGAGCUGCUUCGACGCCAUCGGCCUGAACAAAUGGGCGGUAGAUGAGGUGCGGGAUGACCAGAAGUCGUUGGACGAAAUUUGCCUCCUCGGAGAGACUCUCCUCGCCGCUGGCCACACCUGGCAUGCUUCCGCCGUCGCCAAUCUCUGUUUCGACAAGUCUCUUUUAUUUCUCAUCAGUGUGGGAAACAAAAUACGUGUUAUCCAGUGUUAGGUGAAAUGAAAGGAGAGAAGGAACUUGAGUAGUACUUUUUUCAGAAAGGUGGAACAUUUUUGGAUCUUUUACUCAGAAAUGCAAUAAACUGGUAGUUCAACUUAACAUGGAAAGUGUGUGAGGUGAAAAUCGCAGAUCUGGUCCUAACUUCUAUGGUAGGUAGUCCUAGAUGAGAUAACUCGUAAACAGAAGAUUUUUCAGUUAAGCGCCAUAGGGUACUGAGAAAUAGCCUGUCAAAAAUGUACGGAAUACGCUUAAAAACUGUUUUUCUUCGGUUUUUAGACUUCUAAAAUGUCUGCUGUUAUUCACUAUAUCAUAAGAAACAUGAGAAAGAAACUUCUUCCGCAAAAAAUCCAAAAAGACUUCGUUUUUGAUUUUUUCCUGCACAUUUUUGACAGCCUCACCCUAUGGCGCUUACCAAAUGGUCUCAGCUCCCAUUGAAACUUUUCUAGAUGUAGUUUUUCACGCUGAUCCAAAUCCGGUCUCAAAAAUUGCUCAACAAGUCUUUGAAAAAAGUUAUAGACCUUCAAAUGUCGGAAAUCUCAGUACUUUAGAUUGAGCUCAUUUUGGUUGGCAUAUAGAUUUUGUUCCUCUUGUCACGAAAAACCAUCUAAUUUUUUUCAAAUAAUUUUAGAGCUGAGAUAUUCUCUUUUUUCCAAUCAGGAAUUUUUCAGAAUGGUUUAUUCGAAACGAGCGAUUGUUAUGUUCGAACGUACCAGUCUUACUGACACUCCGAGUUGCGAAAGACUCAGCACGCUCCUGAAGAACAUUUAUCUCAGAGAAAAAAACGCAGACGCGAUGUUGACCCUGCCACUAAGUUUUCAGGUAAAGUUCAAGGUUUUUCUCAUCUAAUGAAGAAUAUCUUCAGAUGGAGGAAGUCGUGCAAAAAGUGUGUUGGAUCAAAGCCAACGAACAUUUGCGAGUCUCGAAAUGUGCCAUCGCUACCGAAUACGAAAGCUCUUUCGCUCGUUGGAUGUGGUUGGUUCGAAAGACGAUUUUUUGAAACUUUGGCCUGUUUUUCAGUGGAUUGCCUUCAACGAGAACGUCCGAAAAUCAGAUCUACUACGACUCGUGUCUUCGUGGAGAUUUCUCCAAGCUGUAUCCUAAAAAGUUGGUUUAUUUCUUAUUUCGGUACACUUAGGAACUCCAGAGUGGCCCUUGUAGGGGCACUUGUAGAGUUCCCUCUAGAAAUCUCUUAAGCAACCCCUAUAGGGGUCACUAAGGCUUGCAAAAGGGGUCCCUUUAAUGGUUUUAGUUAGUGGCCCCUAUAGGGGACAUGCUAGUCGUUUUUUUUUAUGAAAUCUAAGCGAAGAAGCAUUUUCAUGGGAAAAACUGAAAAAAUAUGCGUUUUGGAUGAAAUUGAAAGACCCUAUAGGGACCACUCAAGCUUAAACGGCUAAGAGUUCAUACCCUAAACUUCUAUUGGGACCACUUUAAUAUUAGUCCUAAAGAGACCAUUUUUUCGGCCUUUUUGGCAGAAAAAAAGUUGAGAGCUUUCGUGAAUUUUUUCUCCUUAUAAGAAUGUAUAUCUAAAAUGAAUGUUUCACUCAAUUCAAAAGUGUUGAUGCUAUUUAUUUUGUAGUUGUGUAUAGUGAAGCUUCAGGCUUGAUCAUAUUUACAAGAUGGUCUAUGCAAUUCUCUAUCAUAUCGAAAAAGGAGCAGAUGAAGACGAGUUGGCAGCUGUGGGCGAAUGGUGCAGGUAACUUUCCAAGAAGGUAGAUUUGUGAAUUGCGUUGACUUGAGGAAGGAUAUUGAAAAAGAACUCCAUACGUCUGUGGAUAUUGGUCAGGCUGUUGAAAAGUUUCGUCUUCUAGCUGUGGGACGAGGACAGAGGGCUUUUUUGGCCAACUCGGUUUGUUCCAUACAUGGGCAGACCAUUUUAAAGCCUCCCAAGUUUCCUUGAUGUGAAGUUAAAACUGCCUCCCUGAGGAUAAAACUUGUACUAUGGUAGCCAAAAGUACCUCCCUGAGGUAACUGGAUUUUAUUCCUUGUUUUCCGAAAUUUCUAUAAGAAAACCCCUCCUCCCGAACAAGCUCUGUACUUGUUUAUUUAUGGUAAGUUCGAGGCAGAUUUUAAUUUUCAAGGGUUUUGAGUAUUGAAAGACCUUUUUGAUAGUACAACAGUUGAACGAAAAAAAUUUUUAGUAGGCUUAAAAAUAGCCUGUUAACUGGAUUAUAAAACUCAUUUGUUGAGUCUCUUGUAGAAUUCAUAACUGUUAAGUUUCUAUUUCUCUAGGUCCGAUUAGCCAACAUUUCAUAGUUGAAAUGUGUUGUAUCUUUCAAUUUUUGAAGGAAAAAAAACGAGAGCCUUUUUAGUAUGGUAGCUGAUCAAAACCAAUUUUUCUAUGUAGACUAGAAGCCUCGAAGAAGAGAUUUUGCUGUUGAUGAGCGCCGUGAACGAGUUCAGCAGCGUCGCCAACCAACGUCAAACCAAAAAGAAUGGUUACGAAUUGAACUUGACGACGCAGGAUGUCAUCUCUACAGCCAAAAAACUAACAGCUCUUCGUGGACACUCGGUCUCGAUUUUUUUCCUUUUUCCUUUAACUGACAUUUGUCCAGGCGGCUCUAGAGCUUCUGUCCAGGUGGGAAAAAGUGUGCGAGCGGUGGGGAGCUCUCGAUCCAAACUCUGACGUUUACGCUGCCUCCAUUUCCGCUUGCAACAUCAAGAUUGAGGUUUUGAUAAUAUCCUUUCAUUCAAGCUUUUUUUGAAGAUUGGAGAUAUUGUUUUCGCCGAGAACAAACUGCUGGAUAUCAAAAGAAGGUUAGUUCUGUGGAGCAUUUAAAGUAGCUGACUCACUUUAAGGUUCAAAGAGUUGUCGGAAACGAGCAGAGUCGAACUGGCGUUGGCCCUCUCCAAGAUCGCUUGUGACUGCCGCAACAACUUGCCUCUGGCACUUGCCAUUCUCGAAAAGGUUUCGGGGAUAUUCCAGAAUCGUCUCCCCCCUUCCCCGCACCAAGGCAAAUUUCGAUGAGGGGGAGGCUACAUCUUAUUUAAUAAUCGCCCCUACACAGUGGUGAGUGAGGGACGAUUCUAAAAUGUCUAGGCAAAAAAAAAUCCACCCCUCCCAAAUUCGGAAUGAGCAUUGCAAGCCUUGUCCGGAUCAGCUGAUCCCAAAGAUUCACAGCUCGUUGAAAGAGAAUCAAAAGCAAAUUGACAGAACUAUCAAUCGCUGCUUCCCAAUACUUCUGCCGAGUUGAGAUUGCGAAUAAAAACGACUCUGCAUAGCAUAUCUUUGAAACAACUCACCAAACUCGAGGUAGCUCCUCUUUUGUUCAACGAACGAAAAAAUUGACGCUCUAGGAGUACAAGGAAUCUAGAAGUUUCCGAAUGAAACAAGAAGCCAUCCGGGCGUUCAGCAGACAGGUUUCGAAUAGCAAGUUUGUUAACUCCCACGUUGGUCAUCUGGUUGAAUUGUGCUUAAGUGACCGGAGUGUGAAAGUCACGAGUAUGGGAGUCGAAGAAUCGCGGAAGGCGGUGCAGCGAGUGACGAAGGAAGCGCAGUGCGAACGCGACGACGUCGAGAAGACCGACACGCAACUUGUGCAGGCCGCCACCCGAUGUGUUCGGUCGGCUCUCGACGCCCUGAGUUCGUUUUAGUCCGUUUUUCGCGACUUGGAAGGAUGGGACUUCUCUGCGCCCUCCUCGUCUCUUGACGAACCUCUCUUGUUGAGGAACUGUUUUUGGGUAUCUUUGCUUUCUCCGGUGAGGGAACAUAGAGACGCAGACACUCGAAAACUGUCGGUCUGUAUGAACGGGCUUUUAUUUUACUACCUUUUUAUUUUUUCACUAUCUAAUCAUUUACCAUAAGAGAGGAUUUUACGAUAAUACUUCCAUUUUUUCUUUGCCUCAGGAAUCCUCAACGUCUCUGAUGAGGCUGACGACCGUCGCAGUUCGCCUUUGGUCUUUCAGCUGAUCGACGUCUUGUUCAAGUACGAAAAUCAUCCUCGCGUUCUCGCCUCCUUUGAAGUUUUGAUCUGAGGCCGGAUGUCUUUUUUUCAAAUAGUUUUCUAGGAUUAUGUCAGAAACGGGAUGGAUAGCCGGUUUUGGCUCACAGCUGUUAGCCAUCUGGCUUCUAGGUUCUUUUUGGGAAACGUGGAAAGCUCACAAAUUCUCAAUGUUUUAUCUGUGGUGGGUCUUAAAUCGAGGAAAUUAGGUCUGAGCAAGCUUUUUCCAGGCCCUUCAACGUCUCGUCAUCGACUAUCCAUACCAUGUCGUUCAUGUGCUGCUCAUCUACGAAAGACAGGCCGCAAAUCAGUUUGGAGGCGUACGUUCCAAAUGGAGAUUUCAGAGUGGUCCCUGUAGGGGUUGCACUAACUAAAACUCUAUAGAAACCACUUCUGCAAGCAUUAGUGGCCUAUAGGGGCUGGUAAAGAGGUCCCUAGAGGGGACCCUCCAAGGGCUCCUAAGGUUGCCCGUAUAGGGACCACUGACCGACCACUCCUAAGUUAUUUCGAAUCGAUUGACUACCCAACUUUGUUCAGGGAGAUCCCGUUCAUCAGUUGCUCCAAGAGUCCAUUGACAGAUGUCGUGAAGAACACGGCGACUUCCAAAAACUGUCCAAAGUCAUCCAGCAAAUUCGCAACGCGCAGAGCGCCUACAGGUCGUACAGAUUGAGACUUUUUGGCUCAAUCAUCGAAUAUUCAGGGAAUUUGUCAGAUUUGAUCUCACAAGUCCGACUGUUGAAAAGCGGUUCGUCAACAAUAAAGGCAGGCUUCGUUCCCUUUUUUAAAAAAAUUUCCUCUUUUAGCUUUCUUUUUCUUCCCACGCACUCUGUUGAUGUAUUCUUGUGAUCUGAAAAGUGUUCCUAUUCCUGUCCUCAGCCAGCCGGUAGUUGAACUUAACUUGAGAGCUUCGUGAGGAAAAACGAGUUUUAGAUUGGCGAACCUGGAGACUACACAACUACUGGAAUGAUCACUUGGAAGAGCUUCAAACAGUACUGCAUUCAAGCGGAUGGGCUCUCGGCUCCGAAAAUCUUGGACGUCGAGGGAAGUGACGGGCGGUGGUACAAGGUCGUCUGGAAGAAAGACGACGUGCGGCAAGACUUCCUCGUCCAAAACAUGUUCGGAGUGAUGGACGCUCUGCUGACCGGAGACUCGCCUGCUUCCUACUUGCGCACCUACAACGUUCUGCCUCUCGACACUGAGAGUGGGAUGAUCGAGUUCUGCGGCGGCACCGUCAGCUUCAGUUCGUUUCUUCUCUUUUCAACUCUAACAAAAGUUGCGGUGCACCCCGUGGUGUAACCAGCGGUUUACCACGUUAAGCUUGAAUGCCUAUUAAGGUACUUAUUUCAUACACGAUUUCGAAAAGGGUUUUUUCCAUAAUAUCACCAUUCACUACAGUUUCAUCCUAGGCUGUUACGCCAGCUCGAAAAACUUUAUUUUCGACCGGUUGCCGCAGGGGUGCGCCCCAUCCAGGUUUAACGCGGGGUGCACCGAAAACUUCAACGUUUACUUUUUUUGGGGUUACAGCAGAUUAAACCCUCAUUUUCGUUAGGGAAGGUGUUUUAGAGCUUUUUCCACUGACUCCAUUUUUUUUAUUUCUGUUUCUGGCUAUUCAUGUCCUUUAUUCAGAAGAGCUGUUGUGCGGAACGAACAGAGCCAGUGGAAUCCAUGCGGCUUUGCGGCCAGAAGAACCGUCCGCCGCAGUCCAAUCUUCGAAGAUGAAGGCCGCGCAAAAGUUAACCUCCGACGAGAAGAAACAGACUUUCCUCGAAGUUUGUCAGGAAUUCUCCCCUGUUUUUCGGUCCGUUUUCAUUCAUCCGACAAAUUUAUGAUACUCUUUUUCAGACACUUUUUCUACUCACAUUUCACAGAUGUCUGCACUUGGCGGCGUCGUCUGAACGAUUAUCGUGAGAGCUUGGCCGUUUGGAGCAUCGGUAAAAUAAUUCAAAAAAAAGGUAAAAAGUGACUUCUUUUCAGUAUGCUAUGUUGUGGGACUGGGUGAUCGCCACGCUUCCAACAUUCUCUUCGAUAGAACCUCGGCUAGUUUCAUCCACAUUGAUCUGGGUAUCGGAACGUGUUUCGAAAUAAUGGGAAAACUCUCUCGUUCAGGAAUGAUCUUUGAGUACAGUAAGCGGACGCUGCCGAUUCCUGAGCAAGUACCGUUCCGUCUCACGCGAGACAUGAUCGAUCCGCUGCUCAUCGAAGGCGCCGGCAGUGGGCCCCUCGUCCGAAUAGCCACCGAGAAGAUGGACCUUCUGAAGAGUAAUAGCAAAGUGAGUCGGGUUUUUCGACUGGCAAAGGGAUAUAGGGUGUGUCAACAAUUCCAGGUUGAUUGGUCAAACUUCUAAAGGUUAUAUCUAACCAGGGAAUGUUUCCAGCUCACAGUGGGACUUCUGAAUGAGACUAGGGUCACUUGAUGUAGUUUUUCAUGCUGAUUCCGAAUAUGUGUUCAAAAGUUGAGCUUUGAAAAAUCAUAUAAAUGCUCAAGCAGUUUUUUUUUAGGAAAAAUAACUGUAUUUCUGGUACCAGUGGGGCAGGACCUAUAGACCCUCCAAAAUGGAGCUCGAAGACAUCGAAUUUUUCGACUUUGAGAGUCCCUAACUUUUUUUCACAGACUUCCUGGGCAAUUUUUGAACUCAGAUUCGGCAUCAAAGUGAAAGAUUACAUCUAGUGAGUUUAUUAUCAUUCGGAAACUGUGAGGUGAAAACAUUCCCUAGGAAAGGUUUUCAUAUCGAAGUGAAAGAAGUGAAAAAAUAUUUAGAGUUUGAAUUUUUUGCUGACGGACCCGAAAAUUUUCUUGAAAUCAUGUAAUAUUUGAAGCUUUGCGUUUGGGGCUUGUUUUAAAGCUUGAUCCUCGUUUUGUAUUCUUACCAAUCCGAGUUGAUGUGCAGGUUAUCCUGGGACUGGCGUCGGCGCUGCUUCGCGAGACAAUGACCAACUUCCGCGAAGCUGAAGACGUCGUGGGCCGCCCUUCCUACAUCUCGGAGAUGGCGAUCGGUCGUCUGAGAGACAAACUCGUCGGCACCGACGAUGGGAACAUGCCACAGCUCUCUUCCGUUCAGGUCUCUCCCUUAAGAAGACUUCAUUUUGGAAAAACGAAUGUUUCCAGGUGCGGCGACUUUUCCUCGAAGCGACAAACGUGGAAAACCUUUCUGCGAUGUUCUGUGGCUGGAUGGCUUUCCUCUGA